AUAACCUAUAUAUAGACAUCCUUAUACAUAUGGAUGCACAGCUGCCUACAUACCCAGGAAGAUGGACACUGCCUCCUAGAAUCCGGACUGCUUCAUCUCAAAAGACUUUCAUCAUUACGGAAGCUCUUUCCUGAGUGUGUUUCAGGCAUUUCAACCUGCAAAAGGCAAGAAGUAUUCACCACGUCGUUUCAAAGGUCUUUCACUUGCCACCAGCACCAGCAAAAACAAAAUGAUCGAACCCAUCGGUAAUCAGUAUGUUGUGGCCAGGCCAGUGUAUUCUGCAAAUGCUUUUGGGGAAGACCACAAGAAGAUAGAAAGACGUCAUAAGACACUUCUGGAACAUCUCAAAAAGUGGUGUGGAUGCUCCACAAAAAAGGCCAAGAGAAUCGUCCUGUCUUUCUUCCCCGUAGCAUCUUGGCUGCCAGGGUACCGGCUGAAGGAAUGGCUUCUCAGCGACAUCGUCUCUGGUAUCAGCACAGGGUUGGUGGCUGUACUGCAAGGUUUAGCAUUUGCUCUGCUGGUCACCAUCCCCCCAAGAUAUGGAUUGUUCGCUGCGUUUUUCCCAGUUAUAUCCUACUUUUUCUUGGGCACUUCUAGACACAUAUCUGUGGGUCCAUUCCCUGUGCUGAGUACGAUGGUGGGAGCAGUAGUUACAAGAGUAAUAGCCUCUACAAAUUCAACAAGUGUCCUAGACAGUGACGAACCCUCGCUGGAGGAGAAGAAGUUGGUGGUGGCAGCGUCAGUCACAGUCCUUUCUGGAAUUAUCCAGCUGGCCCUGGGGGCUCUGCAGAUCGGGUUCGUGGUGAUAUACCUAUCUGAGUCCCUGAUCAGCGGCUUCACCACUGCGGCCGCUAUUCAUGUUUUAGUUUCCCAGCUCAAAUUCAUGCUGCAGCUGUCAGUCCCGGCACACACGGACCCAUUUUCAAUUUUCAAAGUACUAAUAUCUGUAUUCAGCCAAAUAGAAAAGACUAACAUCGCAGACCUGGUGACAUCUCUUGUUAUCCUAGUUAUUGUAUUUGUGGUUAAAGAAAUAAAUCAACGCUUCAAAGCAAAACUUCCAGUGCCCAUCCCCAUUGAACUCAUUGUGACUGUGAUCGCAACAGGUGUAUCCUACGGCUUUAACUUCGAACAGAGGUUUAAUGUCUCUGUGGUUGGAACUAUGAAACAAGGAUUUGAGCCACCUAUCACACCCGAUGUGACCGUCUUCCAACAGACCAUCGGAGACUGCUUUGGCAUCGCCAUAGUGGGCUUUGCAGUAGCCUUUUCUGUUGCCAGCGUCUAUUCCCUCAAAUACGAUUAUCCUCUUAAUGGCAAUCAGGAGUUAAUUGCCUUUGGAGUGAGUAACAUAUUCACUGGAGCAUUCAAAGGAUUUGCAGGGAGCACCGCCCUCUCCAGAUCCGGGGUUCAGGAGAGCACAGGCGGCAAGACCCAGAUCGCUGGGCUUCUCUCUGCUAUCAUCGUGCUGAUUGUCAUUGUGGCCAUCGGAUUUCUGCUGGCGCCACUACAAAAGUCUGUGCUGGCAGCUUUAGCACUUGGGAACUUAAAGGGAAUGCUGAUGCAGUUUGCUGAAAUAGGCAGAUUAUGGAAAAAGGAUAAAUAUGAUUGUUUAAUCUGGGUCAUGACCUUCAUCUUUGCCAUUGUCCUGGGACUUGGGUUAGGCCUGGCAGCAAGUGUGGCAUUUCAGCUCUUAACCAUCGUAUUCCGGACCCAAUUUCCCAAAUGCAGCACACUGGCCAAUGUUGGAAGAAGCAAUAUCUACAAGAAUGUAAAAGAUUACUCUGAGAUGUAUGAGCCAGAAGGAGUGAAAAUUUUCAGAUGUCCAUCUCCGAUCUACUUUGCAAACAUUGGUUUCUUUAAACAGAAACUUACUGAUGUUAUUGGCUUUAGUCCACUUCGAGUUUUACGCAAGCGGAACAAAGCUUUGAAGAAACUCCGAAAACUGCACAGUAAAGGCCUGCUACAAGUGACACCGAAAGGGUAUAUAUGCACCACUGACAGCUUCAAAGAUUCUGAUGAAGAGUUGGACAACAACCAGAUAGAAGAACUGGAUCAGCCGAUCAACACAACAGAUCUGCCCUUCCAGAUAGACUGGAACGCUGACCUUCCUUUCAACAUUGUGGUUCCCAAAAUCAGCCUCCACAGCCUCAUUCUUGAUUUUUCAGCAGUGUCUUUUCUUGAUGUUUCUUCAAUGAGAGGUCUCAAAACGCUCUUACAAGAAUUUGCAAGGAUAAAUGUAGAUGUGUAUAUUGUUGGAACUGAUGAUGACUUCAUAGAGAAGCUUACUCGGUGUCAGUUUUUUGAUGAUGAAGUCAAAGACUCAAUGUUUUUCUUAACAAUCCAUGAUGCUGUUUUGCAUGUUUUGAUGAAGAAAGAUUACAGUACUUCGAAGUUCAAUUCCAACCAGCAAAAAGAAACAAAAUUUGACUUUACCAUAAAUACAAAUGGAGGGUUACGUAAUCGAGAAUGUCAGGUACCAUAUGAAACAAAAUUCUAAUCAAAAUAUAAUUCAGAGGGAUCCUCAUCUGUCACAUGAAGAACAACUUUAUACCCGGAAAGUUAUUGAUAAAUUCAUACAUUGUAUGAAGAAUAUUUUUAUUUGACAGAAUUAUGUUUCAAACUUUGGAACGAGAUUGUUCUAACAUGGUAUAUUUUUCACAUAUCUAGUAUGAAAUUAUGUAAAUAUUUUUAAUUUUAAGAAGAAAAUUAUGUGUAUAUGUAUUUUUGUAGCACUUACAGAUUCCUUUCCAAGUCACUACGUACAUGCUUUGUAGUAUAUUUACUCCACAGCUUUGAAUCUCAUAAUUUAUACGGGUCAUGCUGAAAUAUCUCCAUUUUUAAAAAUUCAGUUGUACAGCAGAUGUGUCUUCUCUUAUUAAAUUGGUUGUUAACUUUAUGAAGAA